CAUAAAUCAUAUAAUACCAUUGUUUUCUUUCAUAAUCUUCUUCUUCUUCUUUCUCAUCUAUAUAUGUAAACCAUCAUUUCAUCAAACAGUUUGUACAAGUCUCAAACAAUGGAGGAGUUUGACACUAAUGCCCUCCAGCCCUAUUCUCUUCCAAGCAACUACUUCAAGUCAGAAUUUGAUGAUGUUUUCCACACCGAAGAAUCCAAGGGCAGUGGGUACAGCUUCCAAGACUUGCCCCUACCGUUCGACCACGACCACUUCGCCUCGCUCGUGGGCCCCACCCCGGUCUCCGCCUUCUGCCCGGAUCUCACCUUCGGAGACCCUUUCGACCCCUUCUCGAAUCGCGACAACUCGUCGCCGUCGCCGUCUUCUCACGGCUACAACAACCUCGGUUUCUUCGAGCCCUCACUGCCCGGAAACCCUAAUUCUCUGACCUUCGGUCAGGGCCCGAAACAGUCUCCGAAGGCGGCUACUGUCGAAGUCCCUGACGAGGGCUCGUGCGUCUCUGCGGAAAUAGGGUUCCGCAGAGAGGCGAGGCUCAGAAAGAGGAAUUGUAGCAGUAAUAACGGUGUGUCGUCUUCGUCGUCGUCUUCGUCUUCUUCCAUGAAAAAACAUGCCAAAGGGAGGAAGAAGGGAACAUCAUCCAAGGGACAAUGGAGUGUGGAAGAAGACAGAAUAUUGAUCCAGCUGGUGGAGAAGCAUGGAGUUAGGAAAUGGUCACACAUUGCUCAAUUGCUGAAAGGGAGGAUAGGGAAGCAGUGCAGGGAGAGAUGGCACAACCAUUUGAGGCCAAAUAUCAAAAAGGACGUAUGGAGCGAGGAGGAAGACGAGAUACUGAUAAAAGCACACGUGGAGGUUGGGAACAAGUGGGCGGAGAUAGCGAAACGCCUCCCCGGGAGAACGGAAAACUCCAUUAAGAACCACUGGAACGCCACCAAGCGCCGCCAGUUCUCCCGCCGCAAAUGCCGCACCAAAUGGCCCCGCCCUAGCUCCCUUUUGCAGAACUACAUCAAGACAAUCCUAAAUGCGGAGAAAAAUGGAGCAAGCACCGGUGCCAGGAGGAAAAACCCGUCAACCAGCGUUGACGGGUCGACCACGACGACUGCAUUGCCUCCAGUGAAGGUGGGACCAGUGGGACACUGCAACGGCACUGCGGACCAUUUAACCCCGGAUUAUAGCUUUGCAUUGGAUGAGAAGUUUCUUGGGGGAAGUGGAAUUGAGUCUUUCAUUGAAGACAUUCCAGAUGGGCCUCUAAUGUUGGAUGAGAGCUACAUGGAGGAGAUGGGAUAUGGUGAUCAUAUGCCUCAACUCAUGUUUGGUGGUGAACCAAAGGAGCUUGAUUUGAUGGACAUGAUUUCUCAUCAUGUCAAUCUCUAAUUAAAUUUCAUUAUUAAUAUAUAUACUCAUACAUAAAUUAAACACUUAAUUCAAUUAUUUAAUAUUGGUUUAAAACAUAUUAAUAUAUUUUAUUUAAAAAACAUAAUAUAAACCAUUAAAGGAUUUUUUUGGGG